AUGGAUCCAACAGAUGUUCCCUCGUACGAUCAAGACAACAAUUUCAUUCCUUAUGUGACAAGAGAUGAAGAGCCUGUGAUCAUGGUUUCUGCUUUGCGACAAGUGAUAUCAAACUUCGAAGGUGACACUUCAACAUGCGAAUCUCGUCUUCCAUCUUUGAACGCUGGUCCUUGUCCUCUCUCUGGUAUCACCCGUUGCAACGGUUGUGUAUUCCCACGGCACGAAGAUACCAUGGAGAAGAAGGAGAAGAAGUUCAAAGGAGUGAGGAAAAAGCCAUCAGGUACCUUGUCGGCGGAGAUAUGGGAUCCGAGUUUGAAAGUAAGAAGAUGGCUUGGAACGUUUCCAACAGCGGAGAUGGCUGCACAUGCUUACAACGAUGCGGCGGCUGAGCUUGUCAGACAAAGACCUGCAGCAAGAGGUGACACACAAAAGGGAGAGAAAACUUCCACCAAGAAGAUGACGGUGGAAAAUGACUGAGAAAUAUUAACGGAUCGUAGAAGGUUAUUCAUCAGGAUGAACCAUCUUACUUGCUUCACAAGCAAAAAAGAAUUUUUAGGGGAUAGUAAAACGUUUUUCUGUCAGCAAACCGAAGUAUAAUGGUUUGAUUUGGAUUGGAUUGGAUUGGAUUGAUGAUAGAACCGAAGUAUGUCAGUUGUGUUGUCUUGUGUUUUUAUCCACCCUGUAUUUCAAAUUGUGUGUAUUUUAUCUAUUUGGUUUGGUUUUA